GUCGAUCUAACAACUUAAAAUGAGCGAUACUAUAAGUUCUAACCGCCAUCUCUACAAGUGUCCUCGCUGCAGCACCGACAGCGACCGCAGGUUUGCAAACAUCGACGCUCUCGCGUCGCAUUUGAAGGAAGAACACGAUCAGCAGACCUCAUCUCAACCAACGUCACCUACGGCUGCAUUACUCUCUACCGUCCCACUCUCUCCACACCAAUCACCCACCGAUCGCUCAAACGGAAAGCUUGACAUCGAAUGGGCGUGGCCAAGCGAGGGGCUCAACCGGAAAGCCAACGAUCUGGAGCGACUGCUGAGCGAAAUGAGCAAACAUGCGGCUUUUCUCGACAGGAGAGCUGAAGACGAGGUGACAGCCGUUGGCAGGUUGACCGACGAGUUGACGAAGGUGAGAAAACGCAAUUGGUUGUUGACGGAGACUUUGCGUCAGGCGCAGAAUGAGGUGAGACAGCUGCGACGGGCUCUCACGGAGAGAGAGAUAGACGCCGUGGUGAAAGAGCAGUGUGAAAAAAUGGUGCAGCAGAUUGCUGAGCUUAAGACUGACGUGGAGAGUAAACGUGGUGCUCUGUCUCGAGCUGAUUGGUCUGCACAGAGGAUGAGAGAAGAAAAGGAGCAAUUGGAGGAUCAAAUAAAGGGGUUGGUGGCACAGGUCCAGUUUUAUUUCGAGCAAGCGGAGUCGUUUCAGAUGCAACUGGAGCAGAGAGAAAAGUCUGCUGAGCAGUUGCGAGAUUUCUUAUUGCAACAAUCACAUCGUCAACUUGCAGCUCGAAAAAACGUGAAUCAAUACAUUGGCAACCUGGAAGCACAACUAAAAAAUGCCAAACAAAAUGGUUUUCUCACUGACCAGCAAACUCAACAGCAACGAAGCAACCCCUUUUUAUCAGACAGAUUUGAAGAUCCCAGAGUCAUUCAAUUUAAUGCAACGGAAAGCACAUACUUUGAUCAACAUCUUCACCAAGUAACCGAUGACGAGUUUACCACAGAAACAUCAAGUGUUAUUCAUGAUGAUUACGAGGAGAGAGAAGUAUUGCUACCAUCUGUUAUACGGAAGCAACAGACGGUGAAGAUCUGGGAUGAUGAUACAUCGUCGGUGUUGCUUCUUGUUUUUUGGUAUCUUGAUGUUCAGGAUCUUAUUCGAGUGAGUGGAGUCUGUCGGCAGUGGAGAGAUGUCAGCAGGCAUCCAAGUUUAUGGAGACAUGUUAGUCUUGAUGAGGAUUCAGUGCAUUCAAAAGUUUUAUGUCAAUUAUCGACAUUCUGUUCAGAGACUCAGUCACUACAUCUACACAACUUAGGCUACCUUCUAGAACCAGCACAAGCUGGUGAGGAUGUCAGAUCUUAUCGUCAACGCAUCAAUGGGUCCUACGAAGAGGGACUACAAAAGUUUCUAAUUUCAUGCUCAAAACAUAUCAGAAAGAUUAGCAUCACUGACUGCAACAUUGUCUUUACUCACAGGUCUUUGUGGGUUAUCAGUUCUCAUUGCCCAAACCUCACAGAUCUGGAGUAUGUAAGUGAAUUCUUUCCGGCUACAGCAGAGAGUUUGUGGAGUCUUGCACAAGGGUGUCCUUAUAUAAAGGCUCUAAGAGUGCCACCAAUAUGUCUGAGUGAAACAGAAGCAAAAUUCACUGACAAAUGUCUUGCGGUGAUCAGUCAGAGUUGGUCUCAACUGAGAGAAAUUGGCAUAGGAGGACCAUCUCUCACUCUCACAGGACUACAGAAAUUCUUUUCUGGCUGCCCCAGACUACAGCAAAUAGAAUUAAACCGGAUGUGCGCUUGGACAGAGUCGGUUGUGGCUACGUUGUGUAAAGCUGGUCUCAAGGGUCUCGAGAGGCUGGACAUUGCAUACACUCGUAUAGAACCAGACGCUCUGAAAUAUCUACUCGGUGCUUGCCCUCGUCUGCAGCACAUAUCUCUAAAUGUUGGCAUAUCUGACUACUUCAAGGAUGUCAAGAAUAGAACAAAUAUCGGGCAGUUCAAGGAACAUAUGGAUCAACUGAGAGUCUUAGCCUGUGAAGGUCCAAUGGCUGGAAUACUUCAUCUGAGAGACGACUUGGGAUAGUGUCUCUGACAUCAAUGUAUGAAUCACCUACCAUAAACUAUGGAACUAC